GCCCGCGAUGGUACCGCCACGCGGCCGUUCGUCCGUCGUCGGUCGUUGAGCCGGAGUGGGGUGUGUUUCCCCGUGACGUCAUGCGCGGCGUGUCUCGCCGCCCCCCUCACCCACCCCCCGCCUGGGACAUGACGCGGCGCGGGUGAUCGGAACUGACGGAAUCAGCUACGUCUCCCCGCAGCAGACACACACACCUCGAACCUUCAAGACGACGACGGGCUUAUUGUAUUGCCCGCACCGAAAGUUGGUCAGCGCGACGCCUCGAAGAAGAAGAACAACGCAGUGACCGAUUAAAAAAAAAUAUUGUGAGCCCUAGCAGCUUUAGCAAUUAGACUUUUAAGUUGAAUUAACUUAACCUUGAAUCGAGAAAUUUUCGAAUACGACGGAGAGUUCACAUCACUAGUAAAAAUUUUUUUUUUUUUAAUUUUAGCAAAAAAAAUCUCCCCUAUAAUUUCUUCAGAAACGGUGAUUUUAAACGUUUUCAUCGUUUUUGAAGAAAGAGAAAAAAACUAGUAUUAAGUGUGAUAAAGGAUAAGAAAUAAGUGUUCCGAAACAGAAGAACUUCCCCUUGUGGACAUCGAUGAAACGUUUCGCGAACCCAGCGGGCGUGCUAUAUCUGAAGGCCAGGGGAAGAGAAGGCAGAAGAAUAUAUACGACCUGUUGUGAAGUGCGGUGUUAUACGCCGGUGAGAUACUUCAUGGCGGGCGUAAGUGACGUGUUGAAAUAUGCGCCCGCCCCUUCUUCGCCGUAGCGGGGUGGUAACGGAAUUACACGGACGGUAGUUUCUUCCAACGCGCCCCCGUCAACUCGUUUUCUUUUCGCCGCUUCCCGCUCGCGCGAGAUAUUUAUGCGCCGCGAGUGAGCACGCUUCGUUGAAUUCUUGGACGCCAGUCACAGAGGAAGAUAAAAAAAAAUAUAUUAGUAUUAUUUUCCACCCUCUCUUUCCGGUUUGCGUGGUGGUGGCGAGUUCACCCAGCUUUCCGGGGUGUGGAAAAAAUAUAUAUAUAUAAUAAAUUAAAAUGUGUUUGGUUAGCGAGAAAACGAGCUCGAAACCCGGACUUUAAAACGCAGGGAAGUUUUCUUUUAUUCUUCUCGAAAUGCUCGCUACGACCUUGGACUGGCUCCCGCGAUGACGUCACCGACGCAAUGGCGUGGAGGAGUCCUGGGAUUGGUCCUGCUGCUGCUGUUCGCCGCCCGACCUGCGCUCUCGGGCUACUCCUGGGGGACGCCGAGCCGCGACUGGCGCGAGCCCCAGGACGACUCCCCCCCGCCGGAGUUCCGGCCCGCCGACGCCAGCGUCACGGCGCUGCUGGGCGAGACGGCCUACCUGCCGUGCGAGGUGGCCAACCUGGGCGACCGAGUGGUGUCGUGGAUCCGCUCGCGCGACCUGCACAUCCUCACGUCGGGCGCGCUCACCUACACCUCGGACAGCCGCUUCGCCGUGCUGCAUCCCCAGGGCUCCGACUCGUGGACACUGCGCAUCCUGGGCGCGCAGGCCCGCGACGAGGGCCAGUACGAGUGCCAGGUCAACACCGACCCCAAGAUCAACUUCGCCGUCUUCCUCUCCGUGCGAGAAAACAACAUGGGUGAUUCCCCUUACGAUGGUGAACUGAACAUAGUGGAAUCAUCUGAAACAGACUCGCCGCCGGCGACGAUGGCGACGACGGCGGCGACGAUCACGGGCCGGCCCGAGCAGCACGUGCACGCGGGCAGCACGGUCACCUUCACGUGCCUGGUGACGGCGCCCUACGCCGCUGAGCGACCCCCGCGCGACGUGGACUGGUUCCACGGCCGGCGGCCCGUCAGCAUCCAGGCGGCCCGCGGCGGGAUCAGCCUGGUGACGGAGAAGACGGAGCUGCAGACGACGAGCCGGCUGACGGUGGCCGGCGUGACGCAGUCGGACGCAGGCAACUACACGUGCCGGCCGUCGGACACCCGCCCCGCCACCGUGCUGCUCGUCGUCGUGCCAGGCGAGCACUCGGAGGCGAUGCAACGGGACGGCGAAUCGUCCACAGCCGCUCGACGUCGGACUUCGCUCCCGAACCACGUGGCGCUGGGCGUGGCGAGCGCGUGGUGGUGCGUGUGCCACGCGUCAGGGCAGUGGCCUUGAACUGGCUCGCUGUCACCACCACGUCGUCAAGUCCGGCCUUCGCCCAGAAACAAAGAAAGAAGAAAAAAAGAUCUACACGACUACCUCCUAUACCUACUCCUCGUCGAAAGAACUACCUUUUUUUUUUUUUUUUCAACUGUGACAAAUUAUAUCUGACCUAAUUAGUUUUUUUUUUCAAAGUUCCAUAGCAUAGCGUUUCUCUUUCAUAACAUUCCAAACGUUAGUGAAUUCAUGCUUCACUGCGUGUUUCAAAACCAAAAUGGGAUCUUAACAGUUGAAGUUCUAAGAUACAAACAACUGUUGUUGACUGAUACGCAAUCAAGAGAAAUUGAUUCCAACGUGUGAAACGAGGAUCUGGUCAAAUCCGGGCCUUUUUUUUUUGUCGAAUUUCAUAAUUUUAUUCCUAGAGUGGACAAAGGAUUAUAACUUAUUUUGAGUGGUCACUAAAAUCAUUGUAAAAUUGUAUCUGAAUUACUGACUUCCGGCUUAAAAAUUUUAAAUAAAUUUUUCUGUUUAAUGUUAUGAACUGAAAUUUUUAUUUAAAGACUUUAAAAUUGCGCUUAUAUGUUUAUCAUUAAAUUAUGAAUGUGUAACUGCUUAUAAGUUCUGUUUGAAAGAAACAAUAUUUAACUUAUUGUUAUUUGUGAAUCUCUUGUAGCUAACAUGUUCAUACGAUUUUUCCGUCUGUAUUUGCUGUCUUUAUAAAUGUAAUCAUUUUGGAGAACUGUAAUAUUGAGGAGCGAUAUAUAUGUUACUAAUUAAUGAAAGUAAUGCGAAUUGGUAUUCAUCAGUUUAAAAAAUUCAACAGCUGUCAGCAUUAUUGCUCAUGUACAAUAGACCUCAGGAUACUUAAGAUACAUUCACGAGCAUAGUACCAAUUUUCUAUCAAAACUGGUGUAUAUAGCUAUAUUUAAAAAAAAUAAAAGAGAUCUCCUUUUAUUGACAGAAUUAAUAAAGGAAUAUUUCUGAAAGAGAAA